AUGGAGGAAAUUAUGAAAAACAUGAAGAAAUCCAUGGAGGAUUGCUCAUGGAAAUCUGUCAUGUUCUAUGCUGAUAUGAUUCUUCAAUCGAAAAAAGAUUGUUAUGAAGCAGUUUUUUGCAGAUUAUACGCAUUGUAUGCCAUGGGAAACUUUAGAGAGCUUGAGCAAUGGGCAGAAAGCCUUCCCAAGCAAUAUAUUGCAGAUGAACAACUUUUAAUUAUCCGCUGCAAAGCUUUAUUAGAAAAUAAAGAUUAUUCAAAGAUUAUUACAUUAUUGGCAGCUGAUGCUGUUGCUGAUGAAAUCAUUUUACCAAUAAUAGUACCUAAAGAAGUUGUUGAAAGCUCGAAAAUGCUUAAAUAUUUCAGAGAUACUGCUUUAUUUAACAGCGGACGCACAGAAACACCACCAACCACUACUGAACAGAAAUCUAAAGCAUCACCAAACGAUCAUUUGCAUCCAGAAGCUAUCACAAAUUCGAUUAUUCGCGCAAUGAUGAACAAAGAUCCUACAAUUCUGCAUAAAUAUACAUUAUUAUCAGAUUCUCGCAGUGAAAAUGAUGCAUAUAUUGUUACAGCAUGCGGUUGCUACAGAAUAUUAUGCGAAGAACGUGAAAGUGGUCACGCAUUACUUGUUAAAGCCACAACUAUUGAUCAAUCAUGUGAAAUAGCAUGGUUAUGCCUUAUUUAUUCAUUCAUGCAAGCAGAAGAAUGGAACGAAGCCAUAUCAACCCUCAAAAUUGUCCACAACAGAUAUCCGAAUUCAAAAAGUGUUGCAAUGUUUGCAAUGUCAAUCCAUCUCAAGGCAGAUUCACCAUCAUUGGCUCUCCCGUGGAUCGAAAUGGUUGGUGAGAUCAAUGACUUCGUAAAGCAUGAACACGCAGUGCUAACAAUGCUUGAAGGAUUCCAUUCAGCAGCUCUCAAAGUUUUCGUGAAUAUUGAAGAAAAUUCUGAAGAAAGAGAUCUCAAAGCAAGUUCAGCAAUAAAUGCUGGACACUGCCAGAGAUUGAUGAAGAACUAUGAGGAAGCUUUGAAUCAGUAUAACAGAGCUAUUUCAUAUGGAGCUCCAAUGCAGGAAGCUUUGGCAUCAAUUGGUUUCACCCAUCAUUUGAUGGGAAAUAUUGAUGACGCGAUUUUGUACUAUAACAAGUCAUUGGCUGUAGAUCCGGUUCAUCCAUUCGCAACAAAGAUGCUUGAUAUUGCUCUGAAGAGUGCUGCUAAGAGAUUAUAA